UCUAAAACCCUAGGGGAGAAGAAGGGUGUGAGAAUCGCCACAAUGUCGAUGUCGAAGAGCUCCAAGAUGCUUCAAUUCAUCAACUACCGCAUGCGUGUCACAAUCCAAGACGGCCGCCAGCUGGUCGGAAAGUUCAUGGCCUUCGACCGCCACAUGAACCUCGUCCUCGGCGACUGCGAGGAGUUCCGCAAGCUCCCCCCGGCCAAGGGCAAGAAGAACAACGAGGAGCGCGAGGACCGCCGCACUCUUGGGAUGGUUCUCCUCCGCGGCGAAGAGGUCGUCUCCAUGACCGUCGAGGGUCCGCCGCCUCAGGAAGAGUCCAGAGCCAAAGCCUCCAGCGCCGCCGCCAUGGCCGGACCUGGAAUCGGCCGCGGCGCCGGCAGAGGAGUCGUCGCACCACUCGCGCAGGCUCAGCCUGGUCUCUCCGGUCCGGUUCGCGGUGUCGGAGGGCCUGCUCCGGGCAUGAUGCAGCCUCAGAUUUCUCGCCCGCCGAUGAACUAUCCGGCUGCGCCGGUGCUCAGGCCACCUGGUCAGAUGCCUGGAUAUCCAGGGCAGGGGCCGCCACAGAUGCCAAGAGGGCCACCGCCUUCGAUGCCGCCUCCACAGUUUGCUCGCCCCGGAGGGCCGCCUCAGUUUCCAGGACCUCCACCAAUGCAGUUUGCUCAGAGGCCAAUGGGACCUCCUGGCCAGAUGAUGAGGGGUCCACCGCCGCCUGGAAUGCAAGGUCCACCUCCUCGUCUUGGGAUGCCUCCACCACCUGGUGGCGUUCCUGUCUAUGGACCGCCUCGCGGCAUGCCGCCUCCACCCAACUCUCAGAACCAGCAACAGUGAUUUGGCAUGAACAUGUUAUGAUCAAAAGGGUUUCCAAGUGGUGUUGAAGCUGGACAUUUUCAAUCUGGAUUCAGUUUUCUAAAUGAGAAUGAGCCUGUCUGAAUAUAGUACUUUUGGCAUUACUAUGAUGUAUCAGAAUAUUGAUCUAGUUAUUUGUAUGUGAUGAUGAUGAUUAGAAUU